AUUUUCAAUGAACUAUAGGCGGCGUCAGAAUGGUUACUUGUUCGUCGAAGAGGGAUAAAUAUGCGAAUGAAUUGACUUAAGUAGCGUAUAGAUAUACCACAACGAAUACGUUGCGCAAGGAAACAUAAGUCAGCUGUUCUGUAUUACCGUCCAUAAUUUCGCAUAAUAUUACAUUUUACUUUUUUCGUACAGACAAAGAUGCAUUUGCACUUCGAUUAAUUUGUAAUCCAUUUUUCCGUAUUUACCGUAUACAAAAAGUUGAGAGACUCUUCUCCGGUAGAGUACGCAUUGUCAAUCAGUUUCUCUCUAUAUAAAUGCACACAUUCAAAUCAGUUGUCAGUUACAUACUUUUCCGCUACGGAAUUACCCAUUCUGACCCUGCCUUAUGUCAUUCUGCUGCAUAGUGCACCAAAAGGAUUUUAAACUUUAAUAUCAGCAAACUUAUAAAUAUCUUGUUGAUUUUUCAGAAAUAUGUAACCUAUUUAAGAAAAUAUUUUUAGUUACAUACAAUAUAUUCUCAAGUGAAAACAGAACACAUUCCUAUGCAUAUGGGUUCUUUGUUGUCUAAUAAAUACUCCUAUGUAAAAAAUUUAUUUAAAUUUUAUAUCAAAAAUAUAUUAUUGUUCAAUUAUGAGAAAUCUAUGUAUAUAUCAUAAUAUUAUCUCACAGUACGGUGUUGCAGCCGGUUAAUUACACUACUCAAGAAAUCUGAAGUAAAAUUUUCGACUGAUGUCCCAAUAGGUAUGUGUGGUAUUUGACUUGCCCUGAUUAUGAAUUUGAGUUCAAAAAUUUUCCAUCACGUUCAGUUAUUUUUCUCAUUAUAGUAAAUAAUAGUGGUGGUCACGUGUUAUGAAAAUUUUACUAUAAUUUUCGGCUUUAGCAACCCAAAAUUAGCUAUAAACAGCCUCUAACUUUACAGUCGGAAAAUUACUGUAAACAGUGUUAUUUAAUCGUCGGCAUAGUUGGCAACGCAUAUGUUGCCAACAGAACGCGUGAAAAGGGAAUGAGAACUAGAAGUGGAUGUCAGUUUUCAUAAGCCAUUAGAAAAUACUGAAGAAAAAUAGAGAUUGCUUCGUAUAUUCACAAUCAAUACUGAGGUUGUAUGCAAAAGAAAAUAAUACUGAUCCAAUUAUAAGUGAAAAGAAAUGGAUAUUUAACUAGUUGGUAUAUUGGGAACUUGGAAAUAAGUGGUUGCAAAUAAGUUACUGAAAUCAGUUUUUAUCGGUAAAAUAAUAGAUGUUCACACUCGUAUAUUUGUGUAUAUUUUAACAAUAUUUUAUACGAAUAUCUCGUGCUAAAAGCAUUUAUGAAUUUAAAAAUGUAUUUGAUAUUAUUUGCGAAUUAGAAAAAUGCCAAGAUCAAGCGGAAAUCCACGCUGCAAGUGUUGCGAUGAAGUUAUGGAAGAGCUUUUGACCAUGCGUCAAUCUUUUGAAAAACUUUUCCACCGAUUAACAAAACAAAUUGUCGAUUUGAGGCGCGAGGUUACCGACGGUAUAGGCUCUGCCUCCAGUGGCACAGCUUUGAAAAGGGAAAGCAGUUGUAGCCCGACAAUAUCCUCGCCAGCGUCGAAAUUUAAGCGAUAUGAUAACAGUGAAAGCGAAACUGAGUGUAUCAAGUUGAAAAGCGAUACAAAGUCCUCCAGAUCCAAAAAUUUGCGGAGGAGUAAAGAUGAGCUUAAGGAUCCCGUCGAGAUUAAAACUGUUAACAAAGUUAGUCGUCCUAUAUUGGACUUUUUUAACAUACAAGCUCCAGUCUUGCCUACACAGCCAUUCAAAACCGCACAACUGUUUGAAGAUUGGAAUGCUAUUUUCAAAGAAGAUGAAGAUCAGUGUGAUCAAUUGGUGUGUGGUUGCAAAAUUUCACUCAAAGCAAUUAUUUUUAUUUUUAGUAAAAUUAACUUUACAGAGAGUUGAGCUACUUCAAGGGCAUUUUGAUGAACCAGACAAAUAUAUCAAACAUAUAUGGCGUAGUAUUUUGAAAAACGAAGCUGCUGAGUGUUACUCCUACAGGGGUAAUGGUCGCUGCAAAAAACGGGCCAUUAAAAAUUACAUAUUUACAGAUAUAUUCCGAGAAUGCUUCCUCCAGCGUUUUCAUCACAUGGAUGCGGUAUUUUUCAUGGAACGUACAAUGCUCUUUUUUAACUAUGUUCACAAUCAUAUGAGAAAAAAUUUACGUAAUCAGCAAAAACGGCUUGAAAUUACAAAGGCUAAUAAGCAAACCGAAGAACCCAUUGACAACGAGACAACAAUACAAGAAGAGCAAAGCUUCAAUGGAUAUGAAGGAUCGAUGCUACCAUAGUAAAUAAAAAUCUGUAUCGUAACUAUGAUAUGAUUAUAACGCGAAAGUCAGUGGUUUUAUUAAUUUACAUAGAAUUUAGAACUUACAAAUCUAUAACUUUAUUUUACAAUAUCAUAUAUGAAUGUAUGUGAAAAGUUUUUAUUACAUUUAGGUAUACUAUUUAAGAUUUUCAUUAACAAUGUAUACAAAUUAAUAAAAAGUAAAAAAAAUAACACAAUUUUUAUAUAUUAUUUAACAUUAUGUGUUUCUACAAUACAAUACAAUAAUAAAAGCGACACGCGCUCCAGAAAUGCACACUUGUAUGUAUGCGUUAGUACCGAAGCAGAUGCUUUGCUCUCUCGUGUACUCAUAGCGGGGUAAAAAAUAACAUAUCAGCUGUCCGUUUAAGGUUACACGAGUCAAUUCUAAAUUUUCCACCGACCGAGUGAUACCUUUUGAAGUCCUUUCGAGUCAUAUUAAUAGACGUAUGCAUUCUCAAAGCUGAGCGUCAGCAUGCAUAUAUUGAUGUGUGUUUGUAGCAGAUGGGGUAUGCCACAAGGGUCGCAUGCAAAAUAAGGGAGAGUGCGCUUUGUGUGGAUGGCUCAGGAUAAAGCAUAUGUUUUGGCAAAAGUGUAAAUUUUUUCGAGCGCACGCUCACAAAAUGUUAUUGAAUUUUCCCAACUCCACAAAGGAUAUGCGUAGACUAAAACAGUUGGCUUUUUAUCCUUGUGCAGAGUGUGACAGUUUUGUACGAACGGAACGAAGAAAAUGAAUUCAGAACGAAUACGAACGCGAAAACGUUUAUUUGAGUCGGCUUGGCCGGGUGCAAAAUUUUGGAGGGGCACUAGUACGACUCCCAUUUCAUCCUACAUUUCAUAUCCUGCGAAAUUCGAUGAAGUCGAUGGCCAGUCGGUUACACCCCUCACCAUGGCGGCCAUGAUGGGCAAUGUGACAUUCGUGAAGACGCUGCUCACUCAGUUCGACAUCGAUUUAGAGCGCGAGUGCAACGUUGUCUUCGACGGAUUGCUGGUGUAUGGCGCAACCGCGCUCUGGGUUGCCGCGGGCAUGGGUCACAUGCAAGUGGUGAAGAUGUUAGUGCAGCGUGGUGCCGAUGUUAAUCACAACACAAAGGCACAAUCGUCACCACUUCGUGCCGCCUGCUAUGAAGGACGUUUGGAUAUCGUUAAAUAUCUAAUUGAACAUGGCGCCGAUGUGAAUUUGGCCAACACCUACAACAACACGUCUAUUAUGAUUGCCGCCUACAAGGGACACGCUCAUGUUGUGGACACACUGCUGAAGAACGGCGCUAAUCCGAAUGAGCAGGCGCUUUGUGGCGCCACCGCAUUGCAUUACGCUGCCGAGUGCGGUCAUCUAGAGGUGUGUCGCCUGUUGCUCGACCAUGGUGCUCGCAUGCAAAAAAACGAGCACGGACUGACGCCAGUUCUGCAAGCCGCCGAACGGACACACGAAGCGGUAGUGGAAAUGUUCAUAUCACGCCCUGGACUAAUGACCAAAGAAGAGACAAUAACGGCAAUCGAGCUGAUGGGUGCCUCAUUUGCCAACGAUAAGGAUAAUUACAACAUCACUAAAGCCUAUCAGCACAUGAUGCGUGCUAUGGAAAUGCGCUAUGAGGACGAACCGAAGGUAAUACGGAAGCGCGUCAUGGCGCCGGUGCCGGCCUAUGACGAUUGGUUCGAAACGGAGAACAUACCAGAGCUGCAGGCCAUACGGCUGAAUCAUCAUUCGAUACAUAUGGAGGCGUUGACGAUACGAGAACGUAUUUUAGGUAAACACUACCCGGAUCUGCCUCAACCGAUCGUGUAUCGUGGUGCGGUAAUGGCCGAUCAAGGACGUUUUGCACAGUGUCAAGUGCUGUGGAAUUAUGCUAUCGAUCUGCGCAUGAUCAACAAUGUUUCGGUUGAACGUGACUUGCUGCGUUUUGCUCAGCUGUUCUCGCAGAUUUUGCGCUUGGAAAAACAAACUUUGGAUCUUUCACUUGUUUUGUCUGUGUUGGUUAAGUGUCAGCAGGAAAUAGAAAACAAUAAAUACAAAAUAGUCCAUCCGGGACCCAAGGAUGUGCCGCAGAUGUUGGCGGAUCAAAACGAACAGAAUGUCGUCACUGCCCUCUACCUCAUCAAGAUCAUCACGAAACUGUUAGCGCACACCAAUAUCGACAUAGAGCGACCACAAAUCGAACAAUUAUACUCAACGAUAUUAAAAUUCAUUAAAUGCGAUACUCGCCUGGCAGAUGGCCAGACUCUAUUACAUUUGGCUGUGAAUGGCGUAACGCCGGUUGAUGAUUUCUACACAAGUGAUAUAUGCCGUUUCCCUUGCUUCCGCACCGCAUUGUUGCUGGUCCAUGUUGGCGCCUCCGUUACAGCUGUGGACCGUGAUCGCAAUACACCUCUGCAUACGCUCGUCUCAAGUAUUCAGUCCCCACGCGACAAUCCACACGUAUUAGUGCAAGCCGAAAAGAUUGUGAAGCUCUUUGUGGACGCCGGCGCACAUUUGGACGCGGUGAAUGCGAAUGGCUUGACGCCAGCAAGAGUCGGUAAUGCAGCUGGCAUUAGUAAUCUAAUACUAAGCUACCAGAAUUCGUUAACCUCCCUCAAAUGCAUCGCCUCACGUUGCAUCGCCUUCCACAAGCUUAAAUAUCAGGGUUUCAUACCUAAGGCUUUGGAAGCUUUCAUACAAAUGCACAGCGCCGAAAAGUUUUGCGCGUAAACCUUGCCAUUUUUGAUUUGCGGAGAGUUGUGUUGACUAAUGUGAGGGGAGUGUGGCAGUGGAAACGUGCGGCCUGAUAUUACACAAUCAACUUCCUUUCUGUAUAUUAUAAUUUUGUAUAUUUGAGAUCGAAUAUUUAUUUUAGAUAUUAAAAAUGAUAGGCGCUAGAUAGCUAACAAACAAUAACGAUAUUGAAUGAGUACGCAAUACAUUUUUAAUAGCCAAUUGAAUUGAAUUGAAUUUCAUGCUAUAUCAUGGAAGUUAUAAGAUAUCUGAUAUAUAUUUGAUAUUAUUGUGGUACAGCUUGUGCGCCAAAAAUAAGUUUUUAAAUAAAUUUUGUUUGAAAUAAUAUAACCAAAUAUUGUACAUUAAAAAUGUGGACUGAAAAGUUUAAUUGUAAAUACAUGCAUAAAUAAAUACUAAUUUAAAACGACCGAAAGCGAAGUCGCCAAAUGGACACGAUUUAAGUUUCUUAGUGGAUAAAGUUGAUACAAAUAAAUAAAAAAAUAUUUUACAAGCGA